AUGAGUGAAGUGUCAACGAUUGACCUUCAAAGAAUAGUUGAAGGUGAAAGGAACACGAAAUACCAAUGGAUUAGUUGUAUAUUCAGUUUGCUUGUGUUCCUUGUCAACGGAAUCGUUUUCUUUUGGUUACCUCGAUUCUUCAGGCAAAAGAGAUACACCAAGUCCAACAGAUUCAAGCCGUACUUUAUCCUACUAAAUGUAUGGAACUCGUUUAAUGCUUCAUGGUCAAUUCGCUUCAACAAGAAAACCUACUAUUUCAAGCCCACGGUGUUGGUUUUGUUUUUAUUCUACAUCUUGUUGAAUGGGAGAUUGUGCUAUCAAAACACAGAGGAUAUCACCUAUAUCCCUAGAAUAUUUGUGGUUGCAAAACGAUGCGCCAGGAUUGGUGUUGCCCAAAUACCCGCUUUGUUCUUGUUGAUUACAAAGGGGGACUUCAUCACUGGUAUCACCGGCUUGAACUAUGACAGGACGACUUUUUUGCACGUUUGGUUUGGGUUUAUGAUGUUUACCGUGAUCACGUUCCACGUUGCUAUUGUCUGCUACCACUGGGCCAGGCCCCAGUUCAGCCUGCUACACCCAAGGUUCCCCAAAAACUUUUACGGAAUUGCUGCAUACGUGACGUUUGUGUUUUUGGCAAUCGGCAACAUGAAGUUCAUUCGGAAAUUGUCGUACGACCUUUCAAUGUUGCAUCACCGUACCCAGUCUUUUAUUAUGCUCUUGAUGGCGUUUCUCCACAACGAUACAACCAAAGCAAUGGUUGUUGUUGGUGUCCACUUGUUAGUCUUGGACAAGGUUGUUGGAAGAAUUUACGGCAUUGUGCACGGUAAAAAGUCUCCAACAAAAGGAUGGUCCGAGUUUGAAUUGUUGGACAAUGAGACCUUAAAAGUCUCGAUCCCUGUCAAAAUCUCCGACUCCUUCAACCCCAACUCGUGGUCUGGGCUACUCAAAUUCAAGUAUGGCAACUGGAAGGCCGGACUGCACAUUUAUUUCAACGUUAGAAAAGUGGAUUUUUUCCAGCACCAUCCGUUUUUCAUUGCCAGCUUGCCAGAGUCGGGCAAGAUGGUGAUCAUAAUAAGGAAGAAAGAAGGAUUCACCAAGAAGCUUUUCGAAAAAGUUGAAGCGCUCAAGGAGAAACAGAUUGCGGGAACUGAGACUGAAGCAGACUACAUUCCUAUUUACAGACAGAAGUGGAAUAAAUGGAUUGCCGAGUACAAGAAGAACAAGAACAAGAAGAAGGAGCCAGUCGAAGAAGAAGAAGAACGAGAAGAAGAACAAGUAGUGAAGCUCCCAGAUUAUAGGAAAAUUAUUGAUCCCAACAUUGUCAUAUUAAAAGCUGCAUUCAGGGGCCCCAGCGGUGCAAAAGUUCAACCGCUAUUGACAUUUGACUCUGUGGUGCUUUUCGCUCAAGCAUGUGGUGCUUCAUUUGUUUUCCCAGUUGUUUUAGACCUACUUCAAACCAUUGAAAGAAAAGAGGUUGGGAAGGAUUACUUGGGCAGACCACCUCACCCUGUUUUAACAGUCUAUUGGUUGGUUGAAACCGAGAAGCAAAUUAAUUGGUACAGGCACCUUCUUGAUAAGUUGUUGCCCUAUGUGCAGCAGGGAAAAGUGGUUAUCAAUGUGGUUGUUGAGGAAAAAGAAGUUGAAAUGGGCCAAGUUGAACAGACCAGCAGCAGCAGCAGCAGCUCAGGCCAACCAGUGCAAACAACAUUUUCGAGCAAAGCACAAGAAGUUGAAGUAGAACAGGCAGAGGUCAAGAAAGACUCGGCAAGCAGCGAAAGUGGCACCGACGCCAAAUCUGCAGCAGCCGACUACUCCCUAUUGGACGUGACUUUUGCCGGAUUAGACACAAAUGAAGCGUUGCAAAAUCACAUUUCACGUGUCCAAUACUCGGAUGAAAACCAUUUUAGGUCGAUGGCGGUGUUGGCCUGUGGUGAGCGAGCCAACUUUGGGAAGGAGAUUGAGUACAAUUUGCAAAACUUUCGCUGGGUUCGCAAGGCUCCAAAUAUGUAUUUCUACAAUGAGUCUUUGGAAACGUGA